AUGUCAAGCAAUGAGACAGUCACUAAGAUCUCGCUUGCUUACACGCCCAAAGUGUUUUUGGACAUUGUAGAUGGCCCUGAGAACAAGGAUAAUACUGAACCUUUUGAACAUACUCCUACAGGUCCACAGUCUUUGAAAUCAAAGCGUGGCGGAAAGAGAAAAGGCAAAGCGCAUACAAUUCCGCUGAGUGAUGUCUCUGAACCCCCACCCUUGGUCCCCCAGGUCAUAUCUGCCAGGUUUGUCAUGCAACUAUACUCAGCUCCUCUUAGCAAUGCGGAUCGCCGGUCCCUGUCAAGUGCCUUUGGCCCUGAUCUAUCCCACAUUGAUGGUAAAAGGGCUGCAGAGAUACAAGCUGUUGAUUAUAAUUACCAAGACAUUUGGUGGGAUAGCACAGCCAACAAUCCACCACAGUUGUUCAAAGCAAUACUAAUGGCAUGCACCAAUAGUUUUGCAGUUGUGGAAGAUGGUUUGAAAAAGUGGAGGACAAGAUAUCAGGGGUUCAUGACAAUCGAACCAACCAGGCGGGCCAAAGAGGAUUUUCAACAGGGGUUAGCCAGCCUUGGGGUGUUGAACCUUUAUUCACAGGCUACAGUCAAUUACGCAGAGAAAGUGAGCAUAGCCUUGAGCCAAGCAAGUCAUCCAGUCUUUCAAACAGCAGAAGAAACCUUCAAGGAAGUCACAGGUACCGGUACAAAAGAAGGAGACGCUUUGACAGCUUGCACAAAUACUGCAGCCCUGGCCAUUUACCAAAACAAACAAGAGAUCAAUUCAUUGCUGAGGCAACAGUUGACUAGCAUAGAUGAAGUAAUCCAACUGGCGUACAGAAUCCAGACACAUUUGGGCAAGAAUGACCCAGAGGACAGUCAUUCUGACUCAGGGGACAGUCAUUCUGACUCAAAUGAGAUCCCACCCUGUUUGGACCUUGAAGAGGAAGAGAUUCAGAAGAGUGCAAAGGAUUCAAAUGCCCUACAGGACAUUGUAGAUAUAUGUCACGAGACCAACUAA